CUCAAGACCAAAGAGGACUCGGCAGCAGUUGGCGCCAUGGCAAUCAGAUCUGCGGGCGAGGACAUAGCCUUCAAGCAGCCCGUGACACCUUUCACGCUGUCCUACUACGCAGCUCAUGAUGGUGGCAGGAGGACCACCUACGAGCGCGAGAUCUCCAACUGCGAAGCAGUUGGCGACCAGGGCAAGAGCCGGGCGUACCUGAAGAUGGACAGGCUUCCGCGCGAGUUCUUGUCUCAGGAGGCUAUUGCGACUGGAAGCGCCAAGGUGAGGAGGGAGCAGCCGGACGCGCCUGCGCACAUGGACCCCAAAGUCAAGCGCCUGAUGAGAGAGAUUGCAGUCUCUGAGGGCAUGAGGCAAGAGGUUGUCAUGGAUCCCAAGUUUGUCGCGGACAUCAAGCGGAAGCACAAGGUGGACCACGUCACCUCCAUCUUCACGGAUCCGCGCCUGCCCGCGGACGAUUGCAGCACCUACAACCUGCGCCAUCAGUUCGAAGGCCACCUCGCGGACGAGGUGGACAAGAAGCACUUCCUUCAGAAGAACUUCUACUCGGAGUAUGUGGAGGCUUUGGCCAAGCAGAAAGGUUUGAUGAUGGACAAGAACAAGGGCGCCUAGCGAGCGAAAUGAUUUCAGUUUCACCUCGACUAGUUCUCAAUGCGUCUCACCACAAUCUUGGGCAACUGGUGCUGAUCUUUGCAACCCUCGGGCACAGGGGCUCAUUGGUUGUUGAUGCUCAGUUGCCCUUCUGCAGUGGCUCAUCUCUGCCAGGCUGUGCGAAGGAAAAGCUUAGGAUAAUUCUCUCGGCCGAGCCCUUCCAAUUGCCGAGACGCCGGGGCCCUUGCCACAGCAGUGAUGAAAUCUCUGGCCGCUGCAUGGGAUUGCACGCGCUGUGCUGACCC